AUGAAACUUUUGAUCGGAGCACGAAACUUUUAUGUAAGAUUUUCUACUCGUUUUGGAUACGAAUUCGCUCUUCCUCAGUCUCCUCAAAUGUAUAAACAAUUAUUAAUGGGAGCAGGUUAUUCCUCUUAUUAUCAAAUUGCUCGUUGUUUUCGAGAUGAAAAUUUAAGAUUAAAUCGACAACCGGAAUUUACUCAAUUAGAUUUGGAAAUGGCUUUUGCUCGUUCUGAGGAUGUAAUUUCCGUAGUUGAAGAUUUACUGGUUUAUGCCUUUCAAAAAAGUCAGUUAUUUUCUCUUCAAUCUUCUUUUCCUCGCCUUACUUGAGAAGAAGCCUGAAACAAAUAUGGAACGGAUGCUCCGGACUUGCGUUUUGAUUUAUAUUUAAAAGAUUUUUCUCAUUUACUUUAUGAUUUAGUUUUAAACGGAUGCGAAAUUGGAAGCGGCGGAGAGAGAAUUUAUGAAUCAGAAUUGCAAAGAAACAUUUUGAAAAAAUUAAAUUUAAGUUCGCGUAAAAUUGAAAAAGAUUUUGGAUUUUUUCUUCAAGCCCUAGAAUAUGGAUUUCCGCCACAUGCCGGAUUUGCUCUCGGAAUUGAUCGUUUGAUUAUGAUCCUCACCAAUGCCAAAAGUAUUCGCGAUGUAAUCGCUUUUCCCAAAACUUUAAAUUUCAAUUGCUUAAUGACGCAAACUCCGGUUAAACGCAAAUAA